AUGGCUGGAAAACAUUUCGACUUGGAUUCAAAAUCAAGGCAACAGGAUAUCGAUGCGCAUCAAAAACCGCUCAGAGGGGUACGUACGCAGAAAUAAAACAUUGUUAGCAUGUGUUAUGAGGUGAUAAAAGUGAGCUUAUACUCCAGGACACUUCAAGGAAUGAAUCUCACAAACUUUAGAGUUUACAGUCAAACCUGUGUACAAAGGUCACCCUUGGGAAAUGGCAAGGUGACCGUUAUAUACAGGGUGACCGCUAUAUACAGGUCAACUUUGCAGAAAAUAUAAGGCAACUGGAAAUUUCGGGAAGUUGUACGGUGAUCGUAAUAUUCAGAGUGACCGCUAUAUACAGGGGCGUUAUAUAAAGGUGUGACUGUAUCUUCAAAAGCAUCUUGCUUCCAUCUUUUUUUUUUUGGUUGAUUUUUUUCUGUAGGUAUCGACGAAAACAACAAACAUUCCAACUUUGAAUGGAGGGGACAGGGGAGGGUGUUGUGGGAGGGGUGUGUCUCAACAAUUUUGUCGCCGAUUGUUGGUUUCAAAUAAACUUGUAAUUAGCGCCUCGGUCGCGAUUCGGUUACCGAGGAAUAGCACUCCAGCCCGGGGUGGAGGGGUAGUCCGGGGGGUAGGGGAAGGUAACUCUACUGUUUUCCACCUAAGUUUCUUGACCCACUCCGCCUGCUAGUAUGACGUCACAUAGUAACGGGCAAGAGCCACGGGUCGGUUGUGCAAAUUAGCAAGGGAUACGACAGUUGUGUGGACGAGCGAGGUCGAGGAAAAGCUAAGAAGCUAGCAAAUGUCGCUAUAUAUCGCUAAUUUGAUCGAAUGUGUGUGAGCUUUGGUGUUGCUAUAAUCUGCUUGGGUAAACCGGUUUGAUAUUUUGUGUCCGUUAAUUUGCUUUGCAGACCGCUUUGCGAGAUCGCCAUCUAUUUCACGGGACCGGCAAGGUCAUCAAAACUUAAAUUUUUUUCUUCUCUAAAAUAGGCAAGGUCUAGUCUCCAGAAUAGAAGGUUCUAUUCACAGAUCACGCAUGUCUAUAUUUCAUCUAUUCUUUUGCUAAUUAAAUGGGCCUAACUUCACAUCAUCAUUGGUAAAGCUAGUUCGAUCGAUUAUCUACAUCGAGUCGGUCCGUUGAACCCGAAAUAGUGCGAAAUAGCUUUGAAAUACGCCUUUAUAAUAAGCUAAUUUUCCUCAAAUGUGUAUUUGAGUUUAUGAUAAAUACAGCUCCACCAGCUUCAAACAGCGUCUAUGGCAGAGAAAAACUGUUUUGAUAUGACAAAAUGUGUGUCGCUGUGGUGCAGUGGUCAAAGAGAUACUUGCACGUGCAGAUAAACCGCGUUCGAGUCCCGUCAACGCUGUUUUCUGUUUCUUUGUACCCUUUUCUUUUUUCCUGUUCGGUCUCUUUUUUUAACAGUAUUUUUCCUUUUGGUAUUUUUUUCUUUAUUCUUACUGCUGACCCUCCUGGUCAAGCAUUUGGAUCAAUAUAUAUUUUAAGCUUAAGUCCGGAAUUUUAUUUUGGCUAAGGGAUUUCAAAAGCUCUUGAUCUGCAUACUGGCCAAGCUUACGACCAGAUGAAAACCAUAGGCUGUUAAGACAUCCCUUCCCUGAAACAGCUGAAUGUUUUUUUCAAUGUUAGUUGAUAUCAUGACAAAAAGCACAUAGUACACCACAAACUGUACUCGAAUUUACACUCCUGUGGAGGGGGGUACUGCCAUAUAUGGGCUAUAUAGGUAUGUGCCGCUGUGAAGGGUAUGGUUUUCAAGCAGUUUACUCUAGGAUAGGGUAUAUAAAUCAGAGCGUUUGGGUCUAGAAUAGGGUAUUAUUUUUCAGGAAACUGAUCAGUUGGUUGAAGAUUUUAUGUAGACUAGGGAUUGUGGUAUAAGGUUUUGUUUUGGCUAGACUGUGCUAGUGACCUCAGUAGUUUCUGGUAAACAGUUACUCUAGGAUAGGGGGGAUUUGGGGAGUUUACACUAGUAUAGUGUAGCAAAAUUCAGCUGAACUAGCUCUGGUAUAGUUUCCAGGGUAUCAGGGGCACAUCCCCACCCAGAAAUUCCUAAAGUACCCCCCUCGGGUUUACACUCAACACCCACCAGUGACCCACUGGCGAAAGUUAAACUUGCCUUUUGUACAUCGUCUUCAUCAUCAAUAUCAUUACCCUAAAAUCUCCACUGCGUUUGCCACCCAAAAUAAUUAAACGAAACAUUUAAUUGGCUUUUGGGAUUUAAUUAAAGAAUUACAGGUAUAUGCCCAAUACAAUAUUAAAAUGCGGUAAAGCGACACGAUUCAAUGCUCACAGUCGUUCACAAAUACCUUUCAUUCAGCUUCCUCUUUCAACGCUACAGCUAAGCGAACUUUGAGAGGAAUGAUAUGGGGUUCCGCUAGAUCUGAAGAGCUGAAAAUACGCACAAUGUAAAGUAUAAUACAUCCUUUCAUGAACCUCCUAUUGCUGUGUCUAAAAUCCUCAACCUUGCUGUGCACUGGCCCUCAAAAGUGAGACUGGUCGGUAUGAUUGCCCGUAAAAUUUGCUCGACGAUAGAAAGGAAUCUUUAAAAUUCAUUCCACCACUGGACAUUUCAUUCCAAAAAAGUACUUAAGUCUAGUUUUUUUUUGUGACAAUAGGACAAUUGCACGAUGACGAUAUUUGACUACAACUACCAGAAUUCAUUUCGAUUUUGCUUUGUUAUUUAAAUUUGUCAAUCCCCUGAGGAUUAAAGAACAAUAGCCUUAAUUUGCACAAGAAAACAACAAACUCAAGGAUUCUGGUAGUUGUAGUAUAAUCACGUCAUCGUGCAAUUGUCUAAUAGUAACCUUAAAAUCUCCAAAACCAAGAAAUCGGAACAGUAUUUCCGUGAUAAAAUUGAAAUUUUUGUCCGUAUCUUCGAUGAACACUUUGCUCGCCUUUGAAAGUCACUGACGAGAGACGUGACGUCAUACUGGCAGGCGGACUGCACCACAGAUUUCCUUGGAGACACCUUCCCCUCACCCGCUGGGGUAAUCAAAAAAGUAUCAAACGGGGAGGCUCCUCCCAGAAGUCCAACCCAUUACCCUUUUGUAUACCUUUUUAGACAGGAAAGGUAGCACUUUCGUAUACAUUCUAUUGACAAAUGGCACACCUUUCUCAUACCUAGAACUUUGCAUCUGUUUUAACUGCUGUAAAUGCACUCAGUCUCUUCUAAACAUGAAAAAAUCAGAAAACCAUAACGCUUUCUCGACUUUUUCACAGUUAUCAAAUGCAUUGUUAGCCAUUUUGCGGGACCUUUUUAUAGAUCACAAUAAGUUACCUACCCUUGCUUUCACAUACCUCAAUCAAUAAAUUCCCUAGCCUUUCAUAUACCUGAAGCCUGAAAAGCACCCUUUUCGGGCGAAGUUUCCCUUUAUAGGCCAUUGUAGGAUAGGAAGUAAUCUCCCCGUAAUCUCCCUGGGGGCUUCGAGAUAUUCCCCUUAUCUAUUAAAGAUUUACUUUCAGUUUUGUCUUUUAUGUAGGCUUACCAUGUUCAGGGCAAUAUUUUGGUUCUCUUAGCAAAGACGCAAGGUGCGCUAAACUUAAAAAUGGUACAAACGGCACCUGGUUGAUGUUCGACUUAACAGUGGAAGAUUGGUGUGAAUCAUUUUUAACGUGUUUCCAGUCCCCGGUACCCAAAAGAAGAUGUUUGAAAGACUUUGAUUUCUAUAAGCGCCUCUUCGUAUGGCCACCAAGACAACAGGCGUUUACAUUUGAAAUAGGCACUUAUUUAUCUGCUACAAGAAUACAGGCCAAUUAUUGUCCAUACCGUUAUUACAGUUUCAGUGUUAACAUUACCCAUUGUGACUCUGGUGGGAGGUACAACGGAAGUGGUAUGUAUCUGAUUUUUGGGUAUGAUUUUUUAAAUAAAAAUCUUGUGUUGUUCCGUGUUGUUGGGAGUUAUCGGGCAAAGUUUGAAACCGUCAAACUUUUGAGCCAACGACUCCCAACAUUCUGUUCCGAAGAGUCGUGCAACAGUGUUGGAUCCGUUUCUACAACUCUUCAGACAUUGCUGGGACCACUCACGCGCAUUACACAUGUUUACAAAGUCUUAUGGGUUGUAUUCUUUCCACGAUGCACUGCAGGUCCCAAUAUUGUUUGGAGUUGUUGCAUCUGUUUCCUAACCACUGCCAACACGGACGCAACAACUCUUAACAUUGUUGGCCCCACAAUGUUAGGGUUUGUUGCAUCCUUUUGCACGGAGCUUUAGACUCCAACUUUUGUAAGUGAUUAGAACUGUAGCACUAAUUUCCGUCAGUCGAAUCUGGUCAAAACAAAGAUGAACAGAUCUGCAACAGUUUUUGUCGAGUCAUAGCUCCUUUUCUUCAUACGAGCCUACUUAUUUUUUAAUACUCAGUACGCUUUUUUCAAUAAAACGCGUUUCGUAAGUGGAAAUUGAAUAUUCAUUUAAAUAUAACAGCUUUAUUUCGUCAUUAAGAUGUCACCUCAGUUUUUCUCAUUUUUAGAGGUGAAGGAACCAGAUAUGGACGACGAGACUGAGUACGACUUAUUCAAAGAGGUACCAAAACUAAUUUAAUGUUCUAUUUUAGUAAAGAUUAUUCUAACGUCUUUCACUGUUGAAAAGCUGUGAAUGUGUUCUAUUACCGGCCUUUCUCUAAGAUUCCAUGCUAUCACAGUGAAAUUUUCCUCCAAAUAUUGUAAAAAUACGUCACAAUUUUACAACAUGCUUUGCAGCUCGCACUCCUAUGCCUGACGUCAUUCUGCCAGAGUUUUGCGCAAACAGUCCGGGCCACAACCAGAUCUGGAUAUAUGAUGACGUCACCUACAUUUGCAAAAUGGCGCCCACGCCGAGAAACACGAGGGAAGGUCACUCCUUGGCUCUUUGCUGCGCCUAGAAGUGUCCUUUCCCAAUACUACUUUGAGAGCUGUGACUUUAGACAAUGAGCAAUCAGGGGUGUGAAGAAAAAAUGCCGUCCGAUGAACGUUUGUGCGUUCUUGGGAGGUAAAACGACCGAACACGAGAGUUUUUCAGCUCAAAGAAAUGCCCGACAAGGAGCAAAACAUCGAAAAAAGGAGGUGAGUGUCAUUUUUUGGACCGUUGGAAUAAAUGUUUUUGAAAUCUGCAAAAAAUUUGCUUGUUGAUAGUGGUCUGUUUGGCGUAGUGCAAAGCAGUUUCACAUAGUGCUGUGCUUUUAAAGAUGCAAAAGUCAGUUGCGCAGUUAAAUGACUGCCUUGUCACGAGUUCAGAAAAGUGAAAACAACAAGAAUAGCCCCAAGCGAGCCCACAUUGUAGGAGGCAAUACGAUAGCUUUGAAUACAAAAAUAUUGACUGAAAUGAUGAUGGUUGAUUAAUCACUGUCAUGAGACAGUAUGCAGCAGUGCAAACCAAUUUAAUUUCCCACUUACAUAAUUUUCGAUUACUGAAUUAAAAUGUCAAUGCUGACAAUAUAAUAAGAGCAUUGGUCAUCCCUGGAUAACCCUUUCAUUUCAAUGAAAUAAAUGUACACAGAUUGAGGUACAAAAAAAUGCCUGUAUUUUCUAUUGCUCAUAUAUUUUUUUAAUUUAUUAUUUAUUUGUUACUUUACUUUGCCUUAGGUUAUGACAUGCAAGGUGGAAAAUGUGAAGAAUGGCUGA